CGGAACAGCUGUUUUCCGGCGCGGUUAUCGUUAUCGACUGCUAAAAUGUCCGGUCUGGAGUCGUAUAUCAAUCACACAGUGUCCAUCAUCACGGCGGACGGACGGAACUUCAUCGGGACACUCAAGGGAUUCGACCAGACCAUCAAUAUCAUCAUAGACGAGUGCCAUGAGCGCGUCUUCUCUACCACCUCCGGCAUCGAGCAAAUCGUGCUGGGACUGCACAUCAUCCGGGGGGACAACAUCGCAGUGAUCGGACUGAUAGACGAGACCAUCGACUCCCGCCUGGAUUUGGCCAACAUCAGGGGCGAGCCGCUAGGCCCGGUGGUGCAUUAGGAUAGCGAAUAAAACCAGCGACUCUCAAUACUUAA